AAUAAGAUGGCGGACGAUCGGAGUCCGCGGCGCCGCAAAAGAACUUUUUCGACAACUUCUACAAUCUCCACCGACGAUUAUCAAGAUGCCAGUGAGCAGAUCGUGGAAGAUAUUAGCCUAGAGUUUUUCUAUAAGCCACGGUCCAUCACGGCUCUAGCGUGCCUGUUUGUUUACCUUGUAUAUUCAGCGUUCACCAGAAAUCCAGAUGCCACUCGUGAAGAGAAUAUCUGGAGUGGGAUGGUUUCCCUUGCUGUCGUUUUUCUUGUUCUCAGUCUUCUUGUCAUGCCAAACGGUCCAUUCAUCAGACCUCAUCCUGCUCUUUGGAGAAUGAUAUUUGGUGCCAGUGUUCUGUACAUGAGUUUUCUUGCGUUUGCUUUGUUCCAAACCCGUGCUGACUUCCGAAAUAUUCUCUUCUUCUUUGACCCUGAAUUGCGCCAUGAAGGACCAGAUACAAAGGAAUAUGCUGUUAACUGUUCUCAGGUGUCUUUGGCCCGACUGUGGGGUCACUGUGAUAUCUUUGCCUUUGCGCAUUUCUUUGGUUGGGCUCUGAAAGCAUUACUUAUUCGCAAUGCAUGGCUGUUGUGGAUUGCAAGCAUAACAUGGGAGGUCACUGAGGUAUUCUUUUCUCACUUGUUGCCCAACUUUGCGGAAUGCUGGUGGGAUGCACUGUUGUUAGAUUUCCUGAUCUGUAAUGGAUUAGGAAUCCACUUUGGACUGUAUGUGUGCAAAAAACUGGAAAUGCGCAACUAUCACUGGGAAAGUAUCAAGGAUAUUCAGACAACCACUGGAAAACUGCGUCGAGCUGCUAUGCAGUUUACUCCUGCAAGUUGGACACAUGUUCGCUGGAUGGAUCCCAAAUGUUCCUAUAUGCGAUUUUUUGCCAUAUAUCAGUUGUUGAUUAUUUCUCAGAUUGUGGAGCUUAACACAUUCUUUCUUAAACACAUUCUGUGGGUUCCAACAUCUCACUGGUUGAACUACUUUCGGUUGUUUGUCAUCAGUCUCACUGUGGCACCUUCCUUGAGGCAGUACUAUGUGUACAUUACAGACACAAGAAGCAGAAGGCUUGGAACUCAGGCAUGGGUGCUAAUAGUCAUCACCUGUCUUGAACUUCUUAUUUGUAUCAAAUAUGGACUGGACAUGUUUAAGAAAGCAGAAAUUGUCAGCAUAACUUUAUGGCUGCUCUUUCAGAUGGGAAUCAGUUUGAUGGUUUUGUAUUUUAUGGUCAUGACAAAAUCAAAGGAAGUCAAUGUUAUGAAGGCAAACAUUGUGGAGAGACUAAAAAUGCUCAAGAAAUACGGAACAAAGAAGCCAACAUUCCUGGAGGAAAUUCCUGCUGAAGAUCCAAACACCAAAACCCUGAAUUACAUAAAAAAAAAUGGUAAUCAUACAUUCCAAGAAGACGGUCAGGUGUACGACUUCGGUCUCGCUAAUGGCGGCUACCAGAAUGGAACAGUGGUGCGUGGCGAGCAGCAGCACUAUGAGAGGGGCCUCAGAUCCACCAAACACAUCCACGAGACACCUCCUGACGACAAACCCACCGCUGAUCCGAGCCAUGUGCAGGCGCAGGGAACUCGGAAGAGGAGGCCUAGGAGAAGCGAUUUAGGAGGACAAUUGGGGGGUGUUAACUACGAAGUGAAAACUCGUCUAAGGACGAGAAAGUCUCAAGCAGGGCUUUAACUGUGAAAUCGCUGAUCAGUAUAUAUUUAAUCUGAAAAUGCUAUGGAUGUAUGGUGUAUAAUUUUUGAGCAGGAACCUCAAGUAAGGACUUAACCUUCUUGAGUGUGUUCUGUUCACUUCAGUGAUUUUCAAAUUAAGCGAGUUCGUAUUUAAUUAUCCUCGGUUUUAACUGGUUAUUUGAACAGUCUGUUAUCUGCUUCCAAAAAUAUAGAGAAUAUUAGGAGCUGUAAUCAUUCCAUCGUCCAGUUACUUAACUCGAAGAUAUUUAAUAAUUGGGAUAUUUUUUUGUGUGUGUUUUCUUGUCCAAUCAAACGCGUUGGAUUUUCUAACCAAAUCUAUUUUCUUCAAUGAUUAUAACUGUUAAUGACAAAAUAUCACUAUGCCUAAUACAAAAAUUGAUUUUAAAAAUCUACCUGAGUUGUAUAUUACAUGAUACAUUGAAGGUGUCUCAGUUGACGUUCAACUUGUGUGAUUGUCUAAAAUCAGACAGAGAUCAUAGGAUUAAUACUUCUACUUUUACACAUUCCAGUAGAAAAUAUAAUUAUGUCACGCCAAUCCCUUCUUAAUGCAAAUUCGCUAGCAUUGUAUUAGGACAGAAUGAGAAGGAAAAUUAAGUAUUGACACAGGUAACUAAAAUGUAUAAGCUCUCUAUUUGAAUAUGGUGAUGUAUAUCUAUGAAGAUAAUUAUUACAAUUUUAUUGAAAGAUCAUUAUACUUACUGCAAUUGUAUCUCGCGAUAUUCACCAUGACUAGUCACGCAAUUUUUGUGAAAAUGUCACAACGAACAUUACUUGUGUCACGCGUGGCACAGAAGACAAGGACUACUUUACUUCAGAUAUGUCUUAAGAAGUCCGGUGCUCUUCUUAGUUGUCACGCUGACGUUAUUCAUAAACCUGUCUGAUAUGAUAGUUUGGUUAUUUGAUGCUUUGAAAAGGUUCUCUGAUUCCGACAGGAUAGAAUUCCAUUUAACAGAGUUGAUAAGCAACGCCACGUUACCUCCACGUAGUGUUGCCCGAAGUUGUCAUUUGAUCACGAAUUCUGCUAAGUCGGUAAUCCUGUGAAAAAUAAACUGUAAUAGUUGCAAA